AAAAGCCUGUUGAGUUUGUGCACUACCCUUCAAAAGCGUUUCGAUACUGAGCUGGAAGACCUUGCUCAGUAUAUACGAAGAGAAAAUCUGGAAUUUCAUGGAAUUCCAUUUAAGAAUGAUGAAAAUACAGACAGGAUUAUAGUGGAUCUGGGCAGACGAUUAGGCAUCACUGUUGAGAGACUUGACUUAUCCAUAUCACAUCGAAUCCCAAGGAAAGAUGGCUCUAACACUGGACCUAUAAUAGUUCGCUUCACCAACAGAAACAUAAGGAAUCAGUUCAUUGCCAAAAAGUACGACACCACCAAAAUUAAAGAUUUCGGCAUCGCAGACUCACCAAAAAAUCCAAAAUGUUCGAGAGACUCUGGACAACAAAUGGCAACAUUUAUAUGAGAAAGACCAAAGAUAGUCCAAGAAUCCCAAUAAAAAAGCUGUCAGAUUUAGAUAAACUAUCGUAAUUGCAUUUUGUUAAAUUCAUACCUAGUACAGUAGCUUGGCAAAAUGGCUUCACAGCAAUUUUGCUCAAAUUGCGCCAAUACCUUGCUGACUUACAACAAUAUUUUUUGUACAACUUGUUCAAAGUGUUUUUUUUCAUUUAAUUAUUGUCCAAAUAGAAUAGACAGAAAACUAGAAACUCUUGACACGUCAUAUUUCAAUUAUAUUAAUGUCAAGCCAUGUAUGUCUCUUGAAACAGUUGAUAGCGUUCUGAAUAAUUUGAAAACUCCUAACUCGUCAAAUCACCAAUUUACCUUGGCUCAUUUUAAUAUUAGAUCAUUACAAAAGCAUAUCGAUGAGUUAUCUGACAUUAUAGUUGAUUUAGAUUCAUUCCCUAGUGUAAUAGCAAUCUCAGAAACCAAACUAAAAAGCGAUCCUGUGGUUAAUAUUAGUAUUAGAGGUUACAAUUUCUUACACACUCCGACCAAAACUAAUGCUGGUGGGGUUGGAUUAUACUUUAAGUCAAAUUUAAAUCCGUCGCUGGUUAACAAAUAUAUGUUAGGCAUCACCUCUUGUGAAGACCUGUGGGUAGAAAUACCCAUUAGCUCGGGGAAAUUCUCUUCAAUCAUUGUUGGAGUUGUAUAUAGACAUCCAGGUUCCAAUGAAUCAGAUUUUAUGAAUGCACUAAGCUUAACUUUGUAUAAUUUGGCCAUAGAUAAAAAAAAAUUUGUAAUACUAGGGGACAUAAACAUAAACCUAUUUAGCUGUUCAAAAUUCACAAAAGAUUUUCUUGACAUGCUGAGGUCCCAUGCCACAAUUCCACUGAUUACACACCCAACGAGAAUUACUAGUUCCAGUUCUACUUUGAUAGAUCAUAUAUAUUCAAAUAUCAGCGAAAAAAGUGUUUCUUCAGUUGUCUGGCAAAAUUGUUUGACAGAUCACUAUCCAAUUUUUUGUCAAUUUCAGAUUAAACAUGCAUUAUCCCAUAAUCAACACAAACUAAAACGUGAUAUGAGAAAUUUUAAUUCCACUAACUUUGCUCAAGAUGCUCAAGAAUUGUUUGAUUCUUAUGACCUUUCUAAUGUUGAUAGUCAAAAUUUCAAUUUUCACUUUGAAGAUUUUGUCUCAAAAGUAUUAGGUCUAUGCAAUAAACAUGCGCCAAUUCGUAAAUUAACUAGAAAAGAACGCCACCUAGAGAGAAAACCCUGA